AUGGAACCUGUCAACAAAUCUGGAAAACGGAGACGUGGAAGAUGUAACAAUUGGACACUUACGCACGGAUCUCCCCCGGACGGGCGCAUGUUUCCAGCUGUUGCCGUCGAGAGGCCAGAGAAGCUGGAUGACAGCGUGAGCAGACAGGGUCUGCCAGAGCUCCACGAGGCCUGCCUUUACGGCCAGCUGGCUACGGUGCAGCUCCUGGUGGAGUCCAGGCAGGAGUGGGUCAACAGCAGCGAUCUGCAGGGUCGCCGGCCUGUUCACAUGGUGCUGUCGUCCCGGAGCUCAGCCGACCCCUCCUCCUGCCUCACAUACCUGCUGGAGCACGGGGCCGACGUCAAUGUUACCACAGAUUCAGGGAGGACCCCGCUGCACCUGGCCGCCUCCGAAGGCCUCCUGGACUGCACAGAGACCCUCAUGCGGGCCGGAGCAGAUGUGUUGGCCCAGGACAACAUGGGACACACUCCUCUGGAUGUGGCCCGCAUCUGGUGCCGCAGGAAGGUGGCAAGGUAUCUGAAGAGCUGCAUGUGGCAGGAGGAAAAAAAGAAAGAAAUGCAGGAGAGGAAGCUGGUUCAAACUUUGUACAGCGAUCUCGUGGAUGUGGUCAAACUGAAUGAUCUCAAUAAAAAGACACUUGUAGAUGAGAAGACGGCAGAGUGGGCGAACAAAAAAGGUUUUCCUCUCCUAAAGGAUUUGUCCCCCAGAGUCUUGGCGAGUCAGUACCACACCCAGUGCCUCGCCUCGGAUCAGAACACUUCUCAUCCAGAACGAGCCAAGCAGCAGAGGGAAGGUCCUCCGGAGGACCAGAGCAUCUCCACUAAGCAACCUCCAGCCUCAUCCUCCAGACCCUGGACCGUCUUCAUGGGCCUGCAGCCGGAGAAGCCCCUCAGAGAGCCGGACCUGCGGGACCAAGUCACGGUGUGGAGGGACGGCGGUGGCGGCAGGCGGCCUCAUUACACAACCAAGUGGGACGGCACGCGCCGCCCCACCCCGGACGUGCCUCUGGAUGUCCUCGAGAGGGUGUUGUUCCCCAGAGCCUUCCCAUCCAGGAUCGCCUCCCCUCGGUGCUUUGAGCCACAGGACAUUGUGGAGGUCCAGCACAGAAGAUACCCCCAGGGGCAGAGCACCUCCCCCUGGACAGAGGUGGCCAUGCACCUGCCUGAAGUGCUGGAGCCCGGACACUACUGAUCAUCGCACUCUGAGACCGGGAAUUAGUAGAUGUGUGUAAGAAAUGUAUUAAAA